AGGCCUGCUCUCCUUUGCACCUGUGCUCUGUUCAUGUCUGGAAACUUCGUCCUCCAAAGCAGCACGAGAUUCCUUCAGAUCCUCAGCCCGUGCCCCGGCCGCCUGGGAGGGGAUUUCCAACCCUGAGCUUUAUUUUUAGCUUGCUGUGGCCUGGGCCAAAGGGGCUGGCAGAGCCGCAAAGCUGGGGGAUUGGGUGUCGAGAAGCUGGCCAAAGGCAAAGGUGAGGGGGCAGGGCUGAGCCCCAGUCACUGGAAGCACCUCAGGGUGUCCGUCUAGGCUUCCCCACCCGAUGGCCUUUGGGGACUGGCAGAGGGCAAGGGUCCCUUGGCUCUGGUUUGCUGGAAGCAGGGUACCAGGUUCCAGGGUUCCACUCUGCAGUGGGAGUGCAGAGCAAGGUGACCUCUCCACGGGGCAAGUUCCUAAACACGUCCACACAUCAGAAUCACCCGGGGAGCUUCCAAAGGUACUGAUGACUGUGUCCACCCCAGAGACUGUGCUUUAAUUGGUCUGAAGUGUGGCCAAUUUUUUAACAGAUCCCAAGUGAUUCUAAUGUGCAGACAAGUUGGGAAGCGCUGGCCUAGAGUGUCCUGGGAAAGGCCUUUUGGGGGUUCCGGAAUGUGUUGGGCGGGAACCUUCUAGUCGAGUUCUCACCAGCCACCAGCCACUUCCUGUGGGUGCUGGGCUCAAACCGCCAGGACUGAGCAGGGGAGAGGCCAGGCCACCGACUCAGUGCCUGCUGCUGGGCCAGGCUGCGGCCGGCGAGGGGCCACCCCAGUGCCCUAAGAGGAUGCGUCAGAAAAUCCCAGGAGCCCUUUGGUGGACUCAGAGCAGGAAGAAGGCUGGGCUGAAGCAGGCUUGGGCUGCUCUGGCUCUCUGGAGCCUUCCCGAGAGGGCUGAGAAGCAAAGAGGUAUUUGUUCGACUCCCGGCUCUCUAACUCUCAAGCUGGUGGCCUGGGGGGUCCCUCCCUACUUGGAGCCUCAGUUUCCUCAUCUGUGGAGCAGGUGUGGGGCUAGCCCCCUCCCGGAGAGCUGACAGGCAAUGACUGCGAAUGUGCUUUUGAAGCCCUGCAGGGUCCUGUCAGAGUGAGGGGGCAAUGAAGAUAAUGGUUUUUCAAAGGGAACAGUCACCACCAGGUCCCCAUUGCUCCAGAAUUGUGCGGUAGCAGGGACACCUCUUGCCUGCUCAGCAAGUCCUUGUGGCUGAGGGAAGAAACGGCUCCUAUUCCACAGAGCGUGUUCUGAAGAGGCUCCCCAUGGGGCUCCGUGAAAGGCUGGUGAUUCCUGGGGUAGGGCCACGUCAGCCUCCCCAGCGAGGACUCUCUGAGCCAAUUCUGGCCCUGCCUUUGCUUCCUUGCCGGGAGCGCCAGCAAGGCCCCUCCCUCUCAGGGCCUCAGCUUCCCCAUCUGUAAAAUGGGGCUGGCGUGGACCCCAUGGCCAGGGCUCCUCGGCUCUGUCGCCUCAGCGGCCAGGCUCAGCGUCCUCUGCAGCCACCGCCCCGGGAUCAUCGACCCUCAGGAGAGGGCAGAGGCCCUGGGUUUCCCAUGGCCGCCACUGCAGGGCCUGGUGUGGAGGAUUCAGAGUGGCCGUGAGGGCGUCUGCGGGCACUGGUCCUCCCCGGGGACUGGCCUGUCCACCUGUCCACGGACUUGAGCAGCUCUUCUCUUUGUCUUCCUUUAAGAGGCUUGCACUAUGGAAACAACCUGCAAAUCCAGCUCAGGAUGCAAGACUCAGCCCAGGCGCCAGUGAGCCCCGCUCAUUGGGGGCCCUAGAACAUCUAUCAUGAACCAGGAAACCAGGGCCGGCUCCUCAUGGACCCCGUUAGUGUCCAGCUGGGCACCACGAACCUGUGGGGCUGGCUCGUGAGGCUGCUCAGCAGUGACCCAGAAUGGCUGAGUGGCAAGGUGAAGUUCUUCCUCCCCAACAUGGACCCAAGCUCCGGGGACGAGGCCUCGGACCCGGCACAGAGAGUCACCCUACAACUCACCAAGCUCUACGCCCAAGGUCUGGCCACCUGGCAGGCGUUCAUCCACUGUGUGUGCAUGGAGCAGGACGUGCCGCUGGACCUGGAGGUGCUGCUGCUGAGCACCUGGGGCCAUGGAGACGGGUUCCCCAGCAAGCUUGGAACCGGUGAGGACAGCCAACCUGAAUCUCAGCUGCACCCUGGCCUCAAGCGGCCUCAUCAGAGCUGCGGAGCCUCACCCCUCAGGAAGCAGGGCAGGAAGCAGCAGCAAGGUGGAUACCAAGAGUUGGCUGCGAAGUACCUGCGGCAACUGAGGAAGUCUGCCCAGCAGCGCUAUGGCGGUGGGCCUCCCGGGCCAGGGCAGCCCCCCUCCUUCCACCAGGCCUAUGUCCCCCCGAUCCUGCAGAGGUGCCGAGCCACAGCACCCUUGGACACUCAGGAGGAAAUCAUGACGGGGGACCCCAAGGCAGAAGAUGGCACUGACGUGAGCAUCCGGGACCUCUUCAACACGAGGGCCAGCAAGGGUCCGAGGGUGACCAUGCUUCUGGGGAAGGCGGGCAUGGGCAAGACCACCCUAGCGCACCGGCUCUGCCAGAAGUGGGCUGACGGCCAGCUGGACCACUUCCAGGCCCUGUUCUUAUUUGAAUUCCGCCAGCUCAACCUGAUCACAAGUGCCCUGACGCUGCCCCAGCUCCUCUUUGAUUUCUACCUGAGCCCUGAGUCAGGCCCCGACGUCGUCUUCCAGUAUCUGGAGGGGAACGCAGACCGUGUCCUGCUUAUCUUUGAUGGGCUGGAUGAGGCCCUCCAACCCUGUUCCAGUGGGGACACCCCAGGGUCAGCCUUCACCCUCUUCUCCGGCCUCUGCAGUGGGACCCUCCUGCCCGGCUGCUGGGUGAUGGCCACCUCCCGCCCAGGGAAGCUGCCCACCUGCCUGCCCACAGAGGCAGCCACGUUCCACAUGUGGGGCUUUGACAGGCCACGGGUAGAGGAGUACGUGGGCCGCUUCUUCAGCGACCAUCCAUGGCAAGAGGCGGCCCUGGCAGAGCUGCGGGCUGACGGGCAUCUCCAGAGCAUGUGUGCAGUGCCAGCCCUGUGCCAAGUCACCUGCCUCUGCCUCCGCCAUCUGCUCCCUGGCCACUCCCCGGGCCAGUCUGCAGCCCUGCUGCCCACCGUCACGCAGCUCUACAUACAGAUGGUCCUCGCCCUUAGCUCUGAUGGGGCCCUGCAAGCCCCGUCCUUGCUGGGCCUCGGAGAGGUGGCCCUGAUGGGCCUGGAGACGGGAAAGGCCAUCUUCUAUGCAGGAGACAUCCCUCCAGCCCUGAUGGCCUUCGGGGCUGCCCACAGCUUGCUGACCUCCUUCUGCAUCUGCACAGGCCCUGGGCACCAGGAGACUGGCUAUGCCUUUGCCCACCUCAGCCUGCAGGAGUUCUUUGCUGCCCUGAAGCUGGUGACCAGCUCCGAAGUGCACAAAGAGGCACUUGCCCGCCAUGUCACCCUUAAUUCCCACUGGGUGCUGCGGACCAAGGCUAAGCUGGGCCUCCUAGACCACCUGCCCACGUUCCUGGCAGGCCUGGCGUCCUGCCCCUGCCUCCCCUUCCUCAGCCACCUGGCCCAGCAGGAUGAGGCCUGGGUGGGCAGCAGGCAGGCGGCCAUCGUACAGGCAUUGAGGAAGUUGGCUGCCCGCAAGCUCACAGCGCCCAAGCUUGUGGCUCUGUGGCACUGUGUAGGGGAGACCCAGGAGCCAGGGCUGGCCCACCUCGCUGCCCAAAGCCUCCCCUACCAACUUCCUUUCCACAAUUUCCCGCUGACCUAUGCCAACCUGGCUGCCCUGGCCAACAUCCUGAGGCACAGGGACACCCCCAUCCACCUGGAUUUUGAGGGCUGCCCCCUGGAUCCCCACUGCCCCGAGGCCCUGGCAGGCUGCAGGCAGAUAGAGAACCUCAGCUUUAAGAGCAGGAAGUGCAGGGAUGCCUUCGCAGAAGCCCUCUCCAGGAGCUUGCCGACAAUGGGGAGCCUGCAGAAGCUGGGGUUAACAGGAAGUAAAAUCACCAGCCAAGGCAUCAACCACCUGGUUCAGGCCCUGCCCCUCUGCCCACGGCUGGAAGAGAUCAGUUUGCAGAACAACCAGCUUAAGGACCAGGAGGUGCUGAACAUCGUGGAGGUACUCCCUUGUCUGUCACGGCUCCGGAAGCUUGACCUGAGCCACAACAGCGUUUCCGUGUCGACCCUACUCUGCUUGGCAAAGGUGGCAGUCACAUGCCCUUCCGUCAGGGUGCUGCAGGCCAGGCAGGCGGAACUCAUCUUCCUUCUCUCUCCGCCCACAGAGGCAGCCGCAGAGCUUCUAAGAGCCCCAGACCUACAGGGAAAUACCAUCCAGAAUGAAGAAGCUCUCACCAGAAGCCUGACACUCAGGUUCCAGAAGUGUGAGCUCCAGGUCCAUGAUGCAGAGGUGCUCGCAACCCUGCUCCAGGAAGGCCCCCACCUGGAAGAAGUGGACCUUUCAGGGAACCAGUUAGGAGACGAAGGCUGUCAACGGAUGGCCAGGACUGCAGCCCAGCUGCACAUCUCUAGGAAGCUGGACCUCAGCGACAAUGGGCUCACCGAGGCUGGGGUGUGCUGUGUGCUGAGUGCAGCGAGCCUGAGCCGCACGCUGGCAGAACUGCACGUCAGCCUGCUGCACAGAACCGUGGUCCUCACAUUUGCACAGGAGCUGGAGAAGCAGGAGGGGACCCAGAAGAGGGCUGCCUUUCUUGACAGCCUCGUGCCUCAGAUGCCCUCUGAGCUGCCUCGGAGUUCCAGAACAAUAAGGCUGACACACUGCGGUUUCCAAGCCAAGCACCUAGAGCAGCUCUGCAAGGCGCUGGGAGGAAGCUGUCACCUUGGUCAGCUCGGUCACCUCGACUUGUCGUACAAUGCCCUGGGGGACCAAGGUGCUGCCCUGUUGGCUCAGCUGCUGCCAGGGCUGGGCAACCUGCAGUCGUUGAACCUCAGUGAGAAUGUCUUCUCCCUGGACGCUGUGUUCAGUUUGGCCCAGUCCUUCUCUACUCUGGAGUGGAUUCUCCACCUGGACAUCAGCUUAGCGAGCCAGUGCGUCCUUCUGAGAGGUGACAAAAGAGACAGGGAUGCCUUGGCUGAUGGAUCUUUGCCAGAGUUCCCCACUGCAGCCCAGUUCUUGGGGUUUGGUCAGCGCUGCGUCCCCAGGAGCUUUCACCUCCAGGAGUGUCAGCUGGAGCCCCAGAGCCUCAGCCACCUCUGCCAGACCCUGGAGAAGUGCCCGGGGCCACUGGAAGUCCAAUUGUCCUGUGAGGUCCUGAGUGACAAAAGCCUGGAGACCCUUCUGCUCUGCUUACCCCGGCUGCCCCAGCUAAGCCUGCUACGGCUGAACCAGACCCAACUGUCUCCGAGGAGCCCCUUCCUGCUGGCUGACAUCUUCAGCCUGUGCCCACGGGUUCAGAAGGUGGAGCUCAGGUGUCUGCAACACGUGUCCCUGCACUUCAGGUCCAGCGAGGAGCAGGACGGUGUAUGCUGUGGGUUCACGGGCUGCGGCCUCAGCCAGGAGCAUGUGGAGCCACUGUGCUGGUUGCUGAACACGUGCAAAGACCUCAACCAGCUGGACCUCUCAGCAAACCUCCUUGGUGAUGAUGGGCUGAGGCGCCUCCUGGAAUGUCUACCUCAGGUGCCCAUCUCUGGUUCUCUUGAUCUGAGUCACAACAGCUUUUCUCAGGAAAGUGUCCUGUACCUGGUGGAGACUCUCUCUUCCUGCCCAUGUGCCCGGGAAGCUUCGGCCAACCUGGGCUCCGAGCAGAGCAUCUGGAUUCACUUCUCCCGGCAGGAGGAGGCUAGGAAGAUCCUGCGGCUGAGCGAGUGCAGCUUCCAGCCAGAGCAUGUGCCCAGACUGGCCGCCAGCCUGAGCCGGGCCCCCCAGGUGACGGAGCUCUCGCUGACCCGGUGCUGCCUGGGCCUGGAGCAGCUGACUGUCCUCCUGAGCCUGGUGAGGCGACCGGCAGGGCUCCUCAGCCUCAGGGUGGAGGAGCCAUGGGUGGGCAGAGCCAGUGUGCUCGCCCUGCUGGAAGUCAGUGCCCAGGCCUCAGGCAAUGUCACCCAAAUAAGCAUCUCCAAGGCCCAGCAGCAGCUCUGUGUCCAGCUGGAAUUUCCCCGUCAGGAGGAGAACUCAGAGGCCGUGACCCGCAGGCUGGCUCACUGUGACCUGGGGACCCACCACAGCCUUUUUGGGAGGCAGCUAAUGGAGACAUGUGCCAGGCUGCGGCGGCUCAGUUUGUGCCAGGUUAACCUCUGUGAUGCCAGCUCCCUGCUGCUGCAAAGCCUCCUGCUGUCCCUCCCUGAGCUGAAGGAGUUCCGGCUGACCUCCAGCCGUGUGAGCACCGAGGGCCUCACCCAUCUGGCACAUGGCCUGAGCCACUGCCACCACUUGGAGGAGCUGCACUUGUCUAACGAAUUCAGCGAGGAAGACACCAAGGUGCUGAUGGGGGCCCUUGAGGGGAAGCACAGGCUGCAGAGGCUCUACCUCAGUUUCCUUCCCCUGGGCACCUGGACCCUGGCCAUGCUCACUGGAGGACUAAGCCACGCCGCCCUCCUGCAGAGCCUCAGCCUGAGUUGGAAUGGCAUUGGUGAUGUCGGCUGCCGCCACCUUUCUGAGGCUCUCAGAUCUGCCACCAGCUUGGAGGAGCUAGGCUUGAGCCACAAUCAGAUUGGAGACACCGGGGCCCAGCACUUGGCUGCCAUCCUGCCAGGGCUGCCUGCACUCCGAAGGAUCGACCUCUCAGGGAACGGCAUCGGCCCAGCUGGGGGAGUGCAGUUGGCGAAGUCUAUCACCCUCUGCGGGCGUCUGGAGGAGCUGAUGCUUGGCCGCAAUGCCCUGGGAGAUACCACAGCCCUGGGGCUGGCCCGGGGGCUGCCUGGCCACCUGAGGAUCCUGCACUUGCCCUCCAACCGCCUGGGUCCAGAGGGGGCACUCAGCCUGGGGGAAGCCCUGGAUGGCUGUCCCCACGUGGAAGAUAUCAACUUGGCAGGAAACAGCCUAGCCAGAGGGGUCCCACUUUUCUCCAGAGGGCUCCCGCUGCUCAGGAAGAUGGACCUGAUUUCAUGUGAGAUUAACAACCAGACUGCCAAACCCCUCACUGCCAGCUUGAUGCUCUGCCCAGCCCUGGAGGAAAUCCUGCUGUCCUGGAAUCUCCUUGGUGAUGAGGCAGCGGCCGAACUGGCCCGGAUCCUGCCGCAGAUGGGCCGGCUGAAGAGAGUGGACCUGGAGAAGAAUCAGAUCACAGCUUGGGGAGCCUGGCUCCUGGCCGAAGGGCUGGCCCGGGGGCCUGGCAUCCAAGUCAUCCGCCUCUGGAACAACCCCAUCGCCCCCAACAUGGCCCAGAGUCUACAGAGCCAGGAGCCCAGGCUGGACUUUGCCUUCUUUGAAGACAGGCCCCAGGCCCCUCGGGGUAUCUGACGAUCCCUCAAGACCCUGGGAAUCCAGCCAAGUGAUGACAGCUCCCAUCCGCCAGGGCAGUGGGCUCAGUAAGGGAGCCUCCGGUGGGUGCCCCUGCCGCCUGCCUCAGGAGGGAGGGGCCCGUUGGUCCUGCUGCAGCCCUCUGGGAGGACUUUUUCCAAGACCAGGAGCCUGCUGUGGCCAAAGGAGUAUCCUGCAUCACAGCAGACAUGUGUGACCAGUUGGGAACACGUGGCACGAUGUGGAUGUCAUGAUGCGAUGCAAGACAUAGAAGGUCUAGAGGGUCACGUGAGGCAAAAGGACUUGAUGUGGUACUUGCAGUGUGGCACAGAACAUGUGGGACAUAUGUGGCCAAUGGCAUAGGUGCUGUUGCCAAAAGUGGCAGGAUGAACAUAAUUGGUGGUGCAUCCAUGACACACGACAAAUGUCCAUGUCAUAUGACAUGAGACUGGCCAGAUGCCCUCAGGCUGGUCCAAGAUCUAAUUUAUUACUUCUUUUGUUAAAGCCAAAUGUGUAUUUAUAGCUUGUACUUCCAAAGCAGCCGAACCAAGGAAAGUCCCCCUCCCAGGGCUGUGGAGGGUGGGGGGUCCAUGCACUGACCAGCCCAGCGGCCCGAGGGCCAGAGUUCUAGGUCAAGCUGAGGAUUCAGCCAGGAGGCCUCUGGAUGAGUCCCUUCCUGCCUCUAGCCUCAGUUUUCCCAUCUGUAAACUUGAUGCCCCUCUCCCUUUUUAAAUGCUGGCUUCCAAGGACAUAGGGCCCAGGUCCAAGCCAGCCUGACCUUGGGAGUGGAUAGGCCCAGUCUCUCCUGUGUAAGGUGUCCAAGGAGGUGGCACUGCAGGACAAACAGACAGGGCCACUGGGUCCAGCCAUUACCUCAGUGAGUUCCAGGUUAGCUCUCGGAGGCUUCACAUAUUACACAGUGUUCUUGUUACUUCCAAGAGGGACCAGGGGAGCUCUGCUGUACUCUAAGCCACGUUUGACCAAUAUAUGUGGACAGUCUCCCAGUCUCUGUGUCUGAUGUGUCCUGUCACCCCCAUUGAAGUUGGAAGUGGCUCACAGCUGCCCAGGCAACUAGAGAGCAGGGCCGACAAUGGUGAGGUGUGCUGAGAGGGGCCCCGGCCUGGGGGUCCGGAGACAUGGGUUCAAGUCCAGACUCUGUGACCAGAUGACCAUGGGCCGGUCCCAUCCUGUCUCUGGAGCUUACCUGCAACAGGAGGGUGUUACAGGUUCUCAGGAGUGUUUGAAACCUAGUAUUUAAACUUUUCCUGAAUCAACUGUCAGUAUUUAAAAUGGGAAACUUUUAUAUAAAAAUCCAGAUUUCGUGCUAGUCUAGCAUCAUUCCCACUUAACGGUCACCCACUGGAGCCGCCUGACUGAGCCCUUCAGAUGGGGUACACGUACCGCAGUUGCCACAGACCCCUCCUCUCCCUAUUGUCCUGUCCUCACCUACCCACCUCCCUCUUUUAGCUGGUUGCCUGGCCCUGGCGGGAGCCUGCAAACCCCUGGCCUAGAGGGUUUCCAUGGGCGUGGGGAAUGUUAGGAGCAGGGCUUUGGAAGUCAGAAGGGCAUGGGAGUGGCUCCCUGUCAUUGAGGGCAGGAACCAUUUCUGUAUGAUGGAUUGGAAACACACAUGCAGGACUGUCAGAGGGCUCAGUGGAGAAUCUGGUACAAAAUAGGUCCUCAUUACCUGCUAGUUCCCUUCCUCUUUUAGGGUUGAAUGUCAUAUAAGGUGGGGAGAUGUUUGAAACGACAGGAGAACAGCACCCUGCGUCCCUCACCUGCCUGUGGGCAGCGAAUUGGACAAGCUGAUCUUAGGGGAGCCUUACUCCAGAACUGCGCCCAUUGCCCACAGCUGGGCCGGCAGACUGCAGUUACCCAUAAGCACCACUGGAGGGCAGGCUGGCCCACUGGCGAUUCCUGCGAUAACUUCCUCCUCCCUGGGACUCAAAGGAAGUUAGGAGGUGAUGAUGCUCAGGGAUGUUCCCACCUGACCCAGGAGCCUGCUGGUGGCUCAGCCAGAAGGCUUAGCCCUGACCUUUGCCACCACCUCCCAUGUUGUCCCCGGCCCCCCCGCUAAGCGUGAGGAGAAAGUCCUCCAGCUGGAUGCCAAGCACCCACGCCCCACACAGGGCCACCCUUAUCGGGCCAGGGUCAGGGCACACUUGGCACCGAGUGAGGACAUCAGCCUGGGUACGGGGGAGGGACGGGCAAGCAGAGGAUCCAAGAAGUUGUCCCAGAAAUACUGAGCCCAGAAUUCUGUCUCCCCUUCCCAGGACAUGAUGACAAGGUGACCUUGGGCCCCUCGGUGCACCUUCCCACAAAGGUGGGGGGAGGAUGCCUCCUCUCCUUGCCCAAGACUGAGGGGUGAGCCCCUUAAAGCCUGACGGUGCCUCGGCUGAGGCAGUCAUGGCUGAGGAAGGAACGGCACCAACCGAAAGUGCCAAGCAGAGCCCAGAGCUCAGGGAAAAUGUUUUCACUCUUUACUCACAUAUGAUUUUUCCAUUCUCCCUUUUCCUGUCCAAGUUCUAAACUCCGAGACACUUGCGGCAGCUACUGUGAAAUAAACCGCUGCGGAGCUGGCUGGGCCCAUAUUAAGUUGGUGUGAAAUCACCUUGUCUAUUUUAUUUGAAAACUUCCUCUCCUGCCACCUGUCUGCUUGGAGGCCUUUACUAUUUUUCUUUCCAACACUAAUGGGUCCAGUUUCCCUGGUCCCUUCUCCCCAGAGUGAGCUCAGUCUAAAUAUAUACAUGAAAACAAAUAAAAUUCAAAGAGGAAUAAGGCUAUAGGCCAGUAAGUAGUGAAGUCAAAAAUGGUGGUCUUAAUUUCGGCACACGAGCCUUCUCACCAAGAAUCUGAUCAGGCUGGUAAAUACUCAUGUCUAUCUGCAAGGUUGCAAUAAGCUCAUCUGCUUGAUCACUUGGCCUCCAUCCUAUUCUCUUAGACUAAAUGCCCCCCUUUCUGGUGUGUUACGGAACCUCCCCUGCUGGCCCCACAUACCAGGCUUCGAGUCCUCCCAAACUGCCUCGUCUGUCCUAUCCCUAAACAGACACACCUGUCUGAAAUCCACUUCUCAAACUAUAAAAUUACAGUUACAGAUACCGCCAUGUGCUUUGAAUCACCUGGGGAUCUUCUUAAGCAGGUUCUGAUUCAGCGGGUCUGGAGUGGGGCCUGGGAUUCUGCAUUUCUAAGGAGCCCCCAAGUGAUGCCAAGGCUGCAGGUCUAUGGACCACAUUUGGCUUAGUGACACUGUGGGCCAGUGAGUGGUUUGCAUGAUGACUGCACAUUAGAACUGAGGCAGGCUAGAGCAGGGACCUGAGAGGGGAGAGAAGAUACCAUGAAGAAGUUCUUGAGCAAGGACAGUUAAUCAAGGUCAGGAGGGCCUGCCUACCCAGACACCCUGCCUGGGGCUACCAAAACACCCAGGGGCAGCCGACCCACCCAAAGGCACUAUCUACCACCAGGCGCCAAGCUGGAGAGAAGGGAGGGGAGGAGGAAGAGCCCAGAACAGGGAGAGGGGGAGAGGGGUAAGUAAAGCUAAGCAAUAAAAGCAAAUUGCCCCAAAUGUUGGGGGCCUCUCACCCCCUCCCUUUUCUUGCAAGAGUGCCCGCACGCCCUUCUGCAUGUGUACUUAAUAAACUUUCUACCUGCUUACUCCA